AUGAUCAUGAGCUCUUAUUUGAUGGACUCUAACUACAUCGAUCCGAAAUUUCCUCCAUGCGAGGAAUAUUCGCAAAAUAAUUACAUCCCAGACCACAGUCCGGAAUAUUACAGCCGGACCCGGGAGUCCAGCUACCAGCAUCACCAUCAAGAGCUGUUCCCAGUUCCACGACCCUCCUUUCCCGAACGCCCUUUCAGCUGCGGGGGGCUCCAAGCUCCCGGGAACCAGCGGGGACCCGGCCCGGCUCCGGGCUCCCAUCACAUCCCAGAGAAAAAUCAACACCACCACCACCAGCACCACCAGCAACAGCAGCAGCAGCAGCAGCAGCAGCAGCAGCUUUGCGAGCAGGCUGCUGCUCUGUCCACCUCUUCCACCACCACCACCACUCCUUCCCCAGUCCCUCCAGCCUGCAGCCAGCCAACCCCCGAGCAUCCCACCAGCACAGCAUCCAAACAGCCCAUAGUCUAUCCCUGGAUGAAAAAAAUCCACGUCAGUACUGUGAAUCCCAGUUACAAUGGAGGCGAACCCAAGCGGUCCCGCACAGCUUACACGAGGCAGCAGGUCCUGGAGCUGGAAAAGGAGUUCCACUAUAACAGGUACCUGACCCGGCGGCGACGCAUCGAGAUCGCGCACUCCCUGUGCCUCUCCGAGCGCCAGAUCAAAAUCUGGUUUCAGAACCGAAGGAUGAAGUGGAAAAAAGACCACAGGCUGCCCAACACCAAGGUGCGAGCAGCAGCAGCAGCCCCCAACCCCGCCGCCGCCGCUCCCGCUCCCACCGCCGCCACCAUCACCGCCAGCACCGCCACUACCACCGAGGAGCUGCCCUCCGCCCCCGCGCAGGAUCCGCGCACGGAGGAUAUCACCAGGUUAUGAACCAACCUUCCCUUUCCCCCCACCUCCUUUCCCCCAACUCACCUCUCUCCCCCCCACCCCCUUCACAAAAUGACUCUGGGUUAUUUAUAGAAUCUAAUAUAUAUAAAUAUAUAUAUUUUGGUUCUUCCUUUCCCCCUCCCUUCCCCUCCUCAUCCCCUUCCUCUUCCUAGUUUUAUUCUAAUUAAUUAUUAUUAUUCUAAUUAUUAUUAUUAUUAUUCUAAUUAUUAUUUUUAUUCUUAUUUUCCCGUGUAACCAACGGGUCCUCUGUGUGCGUGUGUGUGCGCCCCCCCCCCCCCCCAAAAUAAAAGCCCCCCCUUUUAGAUGCAUGUCCGAUAGCAUG